AUUUGCGACUUCAUCUAGCGGCCUUUAAGGACUGCUAUUUCAAAACCGCUAAAACAUUAUACGUGUGAUUACAGAUUCUCAGUAUAAACGCCAUGUAUAUACUCGGCUUUAACCUUUAGUCAAUUAAUAAACUCGUGAAAACAGCUCGCAAUUCUUCCGAGGAAACAAUUAAACAGAGCUAGCUCAAAUCAGACAUCAAAAAAUUCAAGUUUAGGUAAUUUUCGCAGUGUUAAAUUAUAUUUCUUAUAUAUCCCAGUUGGUAUUUCAUGUAAGAAGUUAAAUUUCUUUUGGUUUGUUUAUUUGCACUCUAACUGUUUGUUAUUUUGCCUCAGUGAACAGAACCAUUUAGUUUUAUCAUUUAAAUGGGUCUACCCAGGCAUUAAGAUUGUUCCUUUUGUAAUCGCGCAAUUUAUUGAACUGACAGAAGUGCUGUAACUUGAAUAAAGUUGAUGAAAGAUAAUGAUUGUGAUUGCGCUUGUGCUCGCAAGAAAUGAUAGAUUGUUCAUUUAGCAUAACUUUUGUAAAUUGAAAGCUUUGUUGACAGAAAUUUAAUGGUUUGAAAGUUCAUCGACAGCACUUUAUCAAUGGCCUAGACGGUUAGUUCUGAUAUGAACGGUAGGCGGGUUUUCAAGAUUCUAAAUCAACUAGUUUUUGUGUAUCUAGGAUGAUGGCAAAUGGACCAUCUUUUUUGGGAUGAUAACUGAUUGUUCUGUUUCCUUUUCUGAUAAUUAUAUGUGCAUUGUUGUAGCUUUGUAUAGAUGCUGCUGAUAUUAUUGCAUUAGUGAAUGGUAGAAGAUGGCUAGAGAAAAUGUCACACUAAUGUGUUACUGGAAUGGGAGGAUAACAAAUGGAGCACAAGGCAUUACUUAUGAAGGUGCUGUCCCAAAGCCUACCAGGGUUAGCUACAAAACAACACAUAAUCAGUUGCUGGAAAAGAUGUAUGAGAUUACUGGGUUUGACAGGCAACUGAUUAAAAUGAAGAUCAUAUGCAGGUAUCUAGCUUGUCGGGAAUUCAUACCUGUGCCCAUUGCUGAUGAUGAGUCUUUAGAUAUUGUAUUUGAUAUGGCACGAAAGCCUGGAACAAAUUGUUUGGAAUUGUAUUUGGAAAGAGAACCAGCAAGCAGAGAUAGCCAAGUAAAUAUCACAACACAAACCCAUGUGGAUAAUUACGUCACAACGUCAGUCUUCAAUGAUAAUCAGAUAGUAGUAGAUGGGGACAAAUGUAAUGCCAACUCUGAUACCUUUUUAGACCCAGGGCCAAGUGACAAGUCUGUGCUUGUGUUGCAAGACCAGCAUAGAUCUGAAGCCAUAUGGGUAGGGGAGGACCCUGGUGUCUUAACAUGUAGACAGAGAUUGGGUACAAUGAUGCGGGAGUGGCGAUUGGAUCACCGUAUUCGUCAUUUUGUUGUUGAGGCUGGGUUCUAUGGGGUAUACAGAAUUGGUUUUAUUCAACUUGACUGGCCCUUGGUCACUGCAUUGGUUGAGAGAUGGAGACAAGAGACACACACCUUUCAUUUUGCUGUGGGUGAGAGUACUAUCACGCUACAAGAUGUAGCAGUGUUGUUAGGCCUUCGUAUACAUGGUUAUCCAGUGACUGGUAGUGCUGACCUCCAGUGGGACGACCUCUGUGAAGAGUUGUUAGGAGUGAGACCAGAUCCUAGUGUUCUUCAUGGUUCAACCCUGAAGCUUAGAUGGUUACGAGGCCAUUUCCAGUGUCUGCCAUUAGAUGCUGAUGUUGUAACUACGCAGUGCUAUGCUAGGGCAUAUAUCUUAGGCUUAUUGGGGUCUCUCUUUGCAGAUAAAUCUGGUUCUGAUGUGCAAUUGAUAUUUUUACCUCUUCUAAGGGAUUUUAAGUAUGUAGGGAAAUUUAGCUGGGGUAGUGCUAUACUAGCCUACCUCUAUCGUGAACUCUGCCGUGCUAGUAAGAAGGGGGCUAGUGAAGUUUCUGGUCCUCUAAUGUUGUUACAAUUAUGGGCGUGGGAGCGUUUGCAUAUUGGUCGCCCUGAGAGAUUUGUUGCCCAAGAGCAGGAUCCAGUUGUUCCAGAUGGUGAAGCUGUAAAGAAUAAGGUGCAAGUUUCAGAAGUUGAGAUGGUCAAUCAGAAGACAUUACCUGCAGAUCCAUUAGGAUACAGGUGGAGGUCUCCUGUCAUCCGCAGAGAUAACCCUCAGAGGGCAUUGAUAUUUUAUCGAGACCAGCUUGAUCAACAAAAAUAUGAUCAGAUGAUAUGGCAGCCAUACACGUCUGAGUUACUUGUGUCCCCAAUAGACGUAUGUGUUACAGACCAGCAUGUGUGGAGGACAAUUGCUCCACUUAUCUGCUUUGACAUUGUUGAGUGGCAUUGUCCUGAUAGAGUUUUACGCCAGUUUGGUCUCAAACAAGGAAUUCCUAUGCAGUGUGAUACUGAGGUGAGAAUCCAUGCAAUUGAUAGACGGGGUAGACAUCAUUGCAAUUGGAAGGCAUAUCAUCAACAAUAUAUUAAGUUAUGGGCAUCUCGGGAGAAGAGUAUAGUUACCGCUGAGCCUGAGGAGAGCACUAUGGAUUAUCAUGAUCCGUACAUGAAGUGGUACCGAAACAUAACUCGUCGUUUGAUUACCCCACUCACUCAAAGACCUCAUAAGCGAAUUCAGCCUGCUAGUGGGAUGUCACAUUUACUGGUCCAUAGCUUGACAAAUAUUCAUAAUCAAUGCACUGCAACCCUUAGUACUUUUACCAGUGAAAGUGCUAUGCAGUCAUUGACAGAUAUCCGGAUUACGUGCACUCGUGUGUUGCAAAUGAUUGGGGAGAUUCGACACCUUGAGACGGUACCAGCACCUACCAUAACCAUGUCACCACUAUCUCCUUCACAAGCUAAUGAUAUGGAGGGGCUACCACUUCUAAUAGCACAAAUGCCAAACAAAACUAAAUCUCUAUCAAUGAGAGGGCGAGGCGGAGCCAAAGGUCGAGGUAGAGCACUUGGCACACAACAAAAGGCAAUGGAACCAGUAAUAACAUUGCAACAUUCAUCCCCACAAGUGGUGGUAGCAUCGCUCAUAACUCCAUCACAAAGUAAUGAUAUUCAUAUAGAGGAGCCUUCAACUCUCAAUUUGGAGGGGUCUGUGACACCAGCAGAGUCAAUGCAUCCACUCGAAGGUGAGACAACAACAGAGAAAGUGCCACUUUAUACACACUAUGAUUAUGAGGAGUCACCAUGUCUCACUCAAGUCGAGUCUAGCUAUGUAGCUAGACAUAAGAAGAAGCCUAAGUUCCUUUGAUGUUGCUGAUGAUCAAAGUACUCUAUGUUGAUACUUCUUGUUUCUUGAACCUCGUGAAUAUGAAAGAAUCUUCAUUAACUUUUAGGAUUGAAGUUUUUCAAGAUUUUUAACAUCAGGGUUUAUUUGCUACUUCUCAAAUAUUUUUAUAAAUAGUGUUGUAAAAGUUCAAGAUUCUACCUUAUAUUUCAUUGAUUC